AUGGUUGAUCAUUUGGAUCCCAUGCUGUAUGGAGUGACGGAAGAACAACUACUCAAAACUCCAUUUGGCGACAUUUGUCCGUCAGGAAACUGUGUCGACGACUGCCAGAAUAUGACUCGAGUAUUCCAGGCAAUCCCUCAAGGCCUCCACGUAGAUCCGCUACGCUACGGACGAAUGGAGGCACAAAAGGCAAACGUAACCCUGUUCAGUACUUGUAGUAAUCUUGAGUUCUCUACAAAUUUUGCUACUGCAGAAGAGAAUGACAACUUCACAUCCUACUUUUCGACAAACGAUUCUACAGACCUUUUCAAAGUGGCCGCAAGCAUAGCAAGCUGCUUCGCUGCAACUUGCGAACAAACGCGAAAACCUACUCUUUGUGCCGACGCAUGCUCCCCAGCUGAGUUAUUGUCAUCUCCGACGACAUUCGAUUACAUGUUAGGUCUCCCGAACUGUGUAGUCAGGCUUUGCGACAAUACCUGCUCGUUACCUUAUGUGGACCCUGACGUCUUGGGCAUUGGUGUUCUUGUCUCGUACUACAUUCAAGCACUACUUCUCGUUAUCUGUGCUACGGCCAUUAUGGUAUCGACUGCAUUCCAAUUGUGGAAAGUAUCACAGGCUCAACCGACUGUCAGAGAAAGUCUGAGAAACCCGUUGGAGACAUUUGUGAGAGUUCAAGCUCUGUUUGGCAUUUCUUUGGCUAUCGCAACACUUAUCAUGCGGCCUGAUGAGAUCGACCCAUUGAACGGAUAUGCCCUAAUCUUGACAGCUAUCAUGGGUUUCCUCCCACCAGUUUUCACCCUUAUGUUGCUUCAUAGCCACGGAGUACGAUCGCGUUUCUCGACCGCAUUGGUAUGUGCAAGCUAUUUGCUCAACACCGUGACCUUUUUCGUACUCGUUCGGAACCUCUCGAUUUCUACACAUGACAGGCUCUUUUUGGAUAAAGCCAUAGACAGCCUCUUCAGUGCCGAAGCAUGUGGCGGUGGCUCGGCUAUAUCACUUUGCUACCAGCUGACUGGUACGGACCCCGUCGGUUUCCUCUCCGGCUUUUACGACAACAGUUCGUUCGCAAAUAUCAAGACUGUACCACUUCUAUGGAUAUGGACAACGCUGGUGCUACUCGUGUUGAUCACCAGACACCUUGUGGCUACCACACAAAAGAGAAGCGACGCAGUGGGUCAGUUACCGUCUGCCAAGCCCCAAGGUCUUCAUCGGAGCAAGCGACCUUCCGGAUUUCAUGCAUUCUUGAGUAAACCGCUGUUCACAUGUUUUAUACUAUCUUUGGCGAUAAUUCUAUUCUUCUUGUGCCUUCUGUAUCAAUACCUGUUGGUAAAAGCUAAUGCUCUGAUGGAUGUGAUUGAUCAGAAAGGUUGGUCCUUUGGACAAGUCGUAGCCUUGUUGUUCUGGGUGCCACCAUUCCUUGAUAUUCUCCGGUCAAUGUAUGAGAAGGAAAAGUAUGAAAAGGUUCAGAAUGCGCAUGAAAGCCAGAGCUAG